GCUGAGCCUUUGCAGCGGUUUCUGUUUCAUUCGGCAUCAUCGCUUCAGCUGCCUGAUGCAUCCCAGAAGGGUCCGCAAAGCCAUUUAAUACCUAAUGCAAGACCCGGCGGAUUUCCCACUGUGAAUCCCUCGACAGACGUCCCCCCGGGGCCCCCAGCACCUCGGAAAGGAGUUAAUUAUCUCUGCACCAUGCUGGACAACGCCAGACGCAUACUUGUUGAAAUCCUGGAAGAGCUGAGUGACAAAGACUUUGAAAAUUUCAAAUGGUAUCUGAAGAAUGAAGCUGAUGAGAAGAAAAUGAGGGUUUCCUCUUUGGAUGGAGCCGACCGGAAAGAGACCAUCGACAAGAUGGUGAGCCACUUCGGAAGCAAUGAGGCCCUGGAAAAAGCCAGGAAGGUCCUGGAAGCCAUACCGAGGAAAGAUCUCGCUGACAAGCUCAUGAAGAAAGAGUCAGGUUGGAAAACAAGCUCGGCAGAGGAAAAAGUAGGAGCUGAAGGAGACCAUGGAGAAGGAGCUCAAGGGGACAACGGAGGAAGAGCUCAAGGGGACAACGGAGGAGGAGCUCGAGGGGACAACGGAGAAGGAGCUCAAGGGGACAGCGGAGGAAGAGUUCAAGGGGACAACGGAGGAGGAGCUCGAGGGGACAACGGAGGAGGAGCUCGAGGGGACAGCGGAGGAAGAGUUCAAGGGGACAACGGAGGAGGAGCUCGAGGGGACAAUGGAGGAGGAGCUCGAGGGGACAACGGAGAAGGAGCUCAAGGGGACAGCGGAGAAGGAGCUCAAAAACUAAAAGAAAGACUGGUUGCGGGUGUGACUGUGCUAGGCUUGGGCUGUUUAGGAAUGAUAGCAACGGUGAUAGUUCCAUCAGGAAUGUUUCCUCUUAUACCAUUAGGAGCAGCAGUACUAGGAUAUUUGUGUGACAAACGUAGAGGUCUAUGAACUUCCCUUUGACUUGCAAGAGGCCUCUCUCUCUCUCUCUCUCGCUGUUUCUAUUGUGUCUAUUGUCGUUGUUAUCAAGGUAGCCUCUCUGCUCAGGUCUGAGACCUUUGCUCAGGAGCUCCUAUUGGAUUAAAGUAAUAAUUAGAACAUUUAUGUUCCGGGAAGAUGUGAGAAAGUAUGGCCCAGAACAGACCCCGGAGUUGGCCCGACCAUUAGAAAUAUGCCUCUCAGCUUGCUGAGUUUGUGCUAAUUGAAAUAUGCCUGUCAGUUUACAAGGUCGGUGUUAAUUACACCAGCACAUCCCAAGAGAUAAAAAGUCUGUCCUAAAGUGCUAAGAUUACAGCUGCUGUUACAAAUCUUUUCUUAAACUCAGGAACAAGAUUUGUUAACCCCCUGUGACGUUAUUGACUUGACCUGGGACUGUAUAGAACAUUGUUGCAACCAAAGUCCUGGAGUGGCACCAAAUCUUGUAUAAAGGGGGUCAAAUGAGGUGUCUAACACAAGGUUAUGGUUUGCUGGUUAUGAUUAUGCUGUGUACAUGUGUGUACCAUUUUUAUAAUUCAAGUUAUGAAUAUUGGCUCUGUACUGUCUGUAGUUCAAACUUAUGCUAUGCUUCUGAGUGACACCCCAGACAAGUUGGUGUCAGCUCUGCCUAGCUUGCUUGAUGGCCCAUUAAGGACCAUCAGCGAUACAACUGACCCAUUGAGAGAAGGCAGACACGCCUGGGGACUCAGCCAGGUAGGCAGGGACCUACCUAUGGACAGAACACUGAGCUGUUUCCAGGCCGUGUGAGGGGCAGCUUGUCUUUGGGACACAGAAAGCAGAGACCACAUGGCAAGAGACUAUACAAAGCUGCUGCAGCUCCUCCAUCUUGUCUUCAGUCCUGCUUCUGACCUCUGGAGGGACUUUGCUACAAACGGAAGCUUUGAACCAAGGACUGAAGGACCCAUCCCAGCUGGGGAUGUUCUCCAGAGACUGGAUUUGAACCUGCCGUUUAUUCCAUCGCUGCUGCAAGCCUGAACCAAGAACUUGGCCAUCGCUGUAUGUCACUGAUUCCAUUGAACCGAUUCUAGCUCUCGUCUCUAUUUCUUUCCUUUUAUGAAUAAACCUUUAGACUUUAGAUGCUAAA